GGGCGAAAGGGGCGGGGCUAACCGGGAACCUCGGUGGCCGUUAGGGAGGUGUCAUGGCUGCUCCUGUCGGGGAAUCGGGUCACCCCCGAGGUAUUGACAAGAACCCGGAUCAAAGCUGCAGCUUUUACCGCGAGGUUCUAGCUGGUUUCCUCCGCUCUCUCCGCACCCUGACAGGGCAGCUUAACCUUGGAGAUGAUGUGGUGAAAAUUACAAUCGAUUGGAACAAGCUUCAGAGCCUCUCAGCACUCCAGCCAGCAUUGCUCUUUAGUGCUCUUGAACAACAUGUUUUAUAUUUUCAGCCUUUUUUAGAAAGACUUCAGCGCUUGAUUAAAGAGGAAGAUAUAACUGCCAUCGAAGAGGCUGCUAUAACAAAAUCAGUCAACAAAAAUGAUACAAAAAUAUGCCCUGAUGAUAAUCUACAUGCAGAUGAAAAAUACAAAGAUCGUGGUUUGGAAAUUCUUAAAGACAAGCAAAUUAACUUUGAUCCAGAAGUAGUCCAGAUAAAAGCUGGAAAAGCAGAAAUUGACAGGAGAAUAUCAGCAUUCAUUGAACGAAAGCAAGCUGAGAUCAAUGAAAACAAUGUCAGGGAAUUUUGUAAUGUAAUUGAUUGUAAUCAAGAGAACAGCUGUGCAAGGACUGAUGCUGUUUUCACCCCUUAUCCAGGGUUUAAAAGUCAUGUCAAGGUUUCUAGAGUUGUGAAUACCUAUGGCCCACAGACUAGAACUGAAGGAACACAGGGAACUGGUCAUAAAAUUAAUAACAUGCUUCGUGACUGUGGGAACCAGGCUGUAGAGGAAAGACUGCAAAAUAUUGAAGCUCAUUUGCGAUUGCAUACAGGUGGUCCAGUACCUAGAGAUAUUUACCAGAGAAUUAAAAAACUUGAGGAUAAAAUCUUGGAAUUAGAAGGCAUUUCCCCUGAAUAUUUUCAAUCUGUUAAUUUUUCUGGAAAAAGAAGAAAAGUGCAACCACCACAACAGAACUAUUCAUUGGCUGAACUUGAUGAGAAAAUUAGUGCCCUUAAGCAGGCUCUGCUAAGGAAAUCCAGUGAAACAGAGUCCACAGUCACUGAUCAACUUCCAUAAUGAAGUGUCUUCAUUGUUGUUGUUGUUUUUGUUAUACAUGUAACUUAAGAAAUCGUUUAAUUACUGUAUAUCCCUUUAGACAGUAUUUUUUUAAAGUGUUGCUAGAAGUGUGAGUCUAGUCAUAUAAAUAAGUAAAACCUAGUAGUUAUUUUAAAACAUUUUGUGAAUGCUUUAAAAACAUAAAUACCUGAAUUUAUUCCCUUCUGUUGUAAAGGAGAUAUUUUAGCAUUGUUUUUUUUUCAGAAAGUUAACAAAAAUUAACUUGCAAAAUUGUAUUUUUAUCUGUAAUUAUUUGUGGACCAUGAAGGAUAAACCUCAUUUUAAAUAGUGUGCUAUUUUUAAAGAUUUUAUAUUUGUAAUAAUGGUAUGUUUUUUAAAAAUAUUAAGUGUCCUGUUUUUAGAAUGUCUGCUUUAAAA